AUUGAUCAAAUAAUAAUGAGAAUUGCUAACAGAAUAAUAGGGGAUGAAUAUCCUGUUUUCGUGGUGGCCGAAAUUGGCCAGAAUCAUCAAGGAUCGUUACAAAUUGCUAAACAAAUGAUUUUGAAAGCAAAGGAAAUCGGUGCGGACUGUGUUAAGUUUCAAAAGUCCUGUUUAACAGAAAAAUUCACUCGACAAGCCUUAGAACGACCAUACGAAAAUGCCAAUUCAUGGGGAUCAACAUAUGGAGAGCAUAAAUCAUUUCUUGAAUUUUCAGUUGAUGAUUAUGAGGAAUUACUAAAAUUUUGUGCUGAAAUCGGAAUUCUGUUUAGUGCUUCUGCAAUGGAUCCGGUAUCAUUGAAACAACUUACCCAGCUGAACCUACCAUUCAUCAAAAUUGGGUCCGGGGAUGCUGACAACGUACAAUUCCUCAAAGCGGUAGCAGCAUUGGAUACACCCGUCAUAAUAUCGACAGGAAUGCAAAGCUGGGCUCAAGUUAAAUUGAUUCAUUCUAUUUUCUACAAAAAGUCUGCAGCCAUACUGCAUUGCGUUUCGUCUUAUCCAACACCACCCGGCGAGGCCUUGUUGAAUCUCAUUCAAAUCUACAGAAACGAAUUCCAAGAUUUUGUAAUAGGAUAUUCCGGUCACGAACUCGGAUUGCAAACUUCCGUAGCCAGUGUUCUCCUUGGAGCACGCAUUGUCGAAAGACAUUUUACCUUAGAUAACAGUUGGAAAGGAACAGAUCACAAAUGCUCUUUGAAUCCAGAAAAAUUUCAAAAACUAAUUCAAUACAUUCGCAUUGCCGAAAACCUGCCGAUAGUUACCAGCGUGGCAGACGUUGAAAGAGGAUUAAAGAGUAUUCUGCAACCUGGCGAAUUUUGCCAAAACGAUCUCAUCGAAUGUCUGAAACCGCUCACUCAGCAAGACCGUAAACUAUUACCGUCCGAAAUUCCAUGUCAUGCAAAAUUGGGCAAAUCCCUAGUUUUUGCUAAAUAUAUUGAGGUCGGACAGGUGAUUAAGAUUGGUGACUUAACUGUUAAAGUAAGUGAACCACGUGGACUAUCGCCUACAAAACAUGACCAGAUGAUUGGACAAACCGCAGCUCGAUGUUGUUACGCUGACGAACCCGUAUUGGAGGAAGAUUUUGUAAAAUAGACUUUGGUUCCGUAGAAUCUCAACGUUCUUAUGCGAAAACACUCACAUGUUUGUAAUAGGAUUAACAAAUCGAAAAAUAAUAAAAUUUUAUUAUCAUUGAAUAUAACGAAAAUAUUAAUUUCAAAAAGUCAUGUUUCCAAAAAGUGAUACGAUACAACCAAAAAAUAUGGGAUUUCGGAAAAUAUAAUUCGCAGAUUUUCAAAUAUGAACACUUUAUUCGAAAAAAUGGUAAACGUUGUCAUUGAAAAUCAGGAUUUACUCCACAACCUUAGUAAUAAUUACUAUUUUUGAAUAGCCAGAAAAAAAAACAAACACUACAAUUCAUCCUGAUCGGUUGGCAGUCACUAGGGUACGGUUUAAUGAAUUUUUUAAGAACGGAGAUGUAAGCUUAGUUUUUAAUCUAUAAUGUAAAAAAUAAACAUUUAUAUAUUGAUUUCAAUUGCAAACCUUUUCGUCACUGUUAGUUAUUGCUACCGAGUUGUAAAAGAAAACACCAAACUAACCUGCUUUAUUAAAACUUAAAACAGUUUCCUGCGGAGGAUCAUUACUUACUAAAGAAAAAGCAAAGAAGAAACACACGGAAGCGAUAAUUAGCUUCAAGGUUCGCCUUCGUCAUUCGGUUGGAUUUCUUCGUUAUCCUGAGGAGUUGGUUCUUGAGUUGUGGUCACACGGCUGGGAUCAAAACGUUCGUAGAUCACUACGUUGCUACCAAUUCUAUCGGUAGUGUAGUCUGAGUGGAAGAACGUUUCCUUUUUCUCGUAUAUGGAGAGAAAAUCCUUAAUUUUCGGUUCAAGACUGUCGAAAGCAAUAACGUGGGACGGUAAGGCACUUCUUGGAUGAACCGGGAGGUUUUUACGAAUCCAACCCAUUGGAUCUUUGUAGAAAGUUGCAGCUUCGUCUAGAUAAUUUUCAUCAUUGGUAAGAUUAGGCUCACAGUGUAGGAAGCGCAUUGUGAUAUUCUGAUGCACGUGGCUGUGAAACGGCGUUGAAUGGCAUGGCAUGAGGAAAAUUAAUUUUGCCGGUUGAUUGUACUCGUCACGAUAUUCCUUUGCUAUUGUUUGCAGCGAUGACAUAACGUCGAUUGUACCGCGUUGAUGAGUAUGGCUCAGGUAUCCUGCUGGUAUGACAUUCAGUGUCAAAAGAACAAUAGCUGCUAGCCAAACGAGUUUCCUGGAAAUAUGAUGAAAUGUAUUUGAAAGCUCAUUUGUCUGAGGUAUAUUAUUCAUCUUACCCCGAUGCUUUUCUACUCCAUCGUGACAGAUAAUCGGCUGAUAAGUACAAACAAAUUGGAAGAAUUUGAAGCAAAAAUCUAAAUUCUUUAUGCGGCAGGGCAGAAUAUACGAUGACAGUGAAAAGAAUGGCGGUUAAUAAAAUAAACUUCUCUUUGAACACAUUACGGUUUCGCAGAGUUUCAACGGUAGACAGCAAAAAUGGCAGUGUUCCAAUACCAAGAAUCGUUGGUAGCCCAACAUUGAAAUACCAGUACCACGGAUGUUCGCCGUAGAAACUUCCGAUUCCCUUGAAAACAUUGUAGCGCAGGAAUUCAUACGGUGAAGUAAGAAGACUACCGUGAUGGAAAGUAUCGACAGCUAUUGAAAGGAUGCCGAUGGCAAUUCCUAUUGGCAAAUAGCGCUUCAAUAACAAUUCCCAUACUGGGUGGGCUGAUUUUUUUAAAUGAUAAAAACAUAGAGGAAUCCAAGGAAUGACUGACGUUGGUCUGAUGAAAAUUGAAAGCAUAACUGGCCAUAAAAAUUUUGUGCAUUCGGAAGAUUCCCAAGGAAAUUGACUCAGCGCUAUAACAGUCAAUGAAGUUUCCAAAGUGUUGGCCAACGUUCUCGAUGCUGUAUAGAACCAGAACCAUGAUGAUGCCAGAACAAAAAUAGACCAUUUGCUUUUGUUGGACCAUUGAUAAAAUCGGUAGUCAGAGUAUGCAGAAAUCAGGGCUUGCAAUAUGCGUGGUAGCAAUACAAGCAGUUCCACUUGAUCAUACUGAACUAAGGCAAGCAACUUGUAUAAGCCAGCAAUCAACGAAGGAUAAAGAUAACUGCGGAUGCCUUGCGUCCAUUCCCAGGUUAAAUGACCAUAUCUGAAAAGGAAAAGAAAAAAAAACAAGAUAAGAAUAGAAUAUGGGGUCAUCUUCAACGUAUUGGAU